GAAGAAGAAGAAGAAGUCGCAGCCUAGUGACGCACAAAGAGUGUGUGCAGUGUUGAGUCUGACAGAAACAACGAAACUGUCUGAAGAAUUUCACAGUUUUUACUUUAUUCUAGAAAGACAAAACAUCGACCGGUUCAUUCAUGAAUAUCAUGUUUAUGUUCAGCUAAAUGGAGGCUAACGGAAGAUAAAUCUCCAUGACAACAGUCUCACUCAGUGUUUUACACAUCUCUCUCUGUGAUGGCUUCAGAGGAUGAAAUCAGUCUGCUGGUCGUCGUGGUGGAUGUGAAUCCUCUGUGGUGGGGACAACAGGCUCAACGUGAACCAGAGUUCACCCUGUCCAAGUGUGUGGAUGCAGUCAUGGUGAUGGGAAACUCUCACAUGGCGAUGGCCAGGACGAACAAGCUGGCUGUCAUUGCGAGCCACUGUCAAGACAGUCACUUCCUGUUUCCCAGUAAGAGCUGGAGUAACGGAGACAGCGGUGUGGAGGACGCAUCGUCCAGCGGGGACGGAAAAUAUGAACUUCUGUCAGUCACCAAUAACCUCAUAGCUGAAGAGAUCAGGAAUGUCAUCGCAAAGACUGAAGUGAGGGGAAACUCGACGGACACUCUGCUGGCUGGAUCUCUGGCUAAAGCUCUCUGCUAUAUUCACAGGGUGUCAAAAGAUCUUGAAGCGGGACAGGAGAUGAAAUCAAGAAUAUUGGUGAUUAAAGCAGCUGCAGACUGUGCCCUCCAGUACAUGAACUUCAUGAAUGUCAUUUUUGCUGCUCAGAAGCAGAAUAUCCUGAUAGAUGCCUGUGUGUUGGACUCAGAGUCAGGCCUUCUCCAGCAGGCUUGCGAUAUAACUGGAGGAUUGUACCUGAAGAUACCACAGAAACUCGCCCUUGCUCAGUACCUUUUGUGGGUGUUCCUGCCCGACUCGGAGCAGCGCUCACAGCUGGUGCUGCCGCCGCCUGCGCACGUGGACUACAGAGCCGCGUGCUUCUGUCAUCGUAACCUCAUUGAGAUCGGUUACGUGUGCUCGGUUUGUCUAUCAAUAUUCUGCAACUUCAGCCCGAUCUGUACAACCUGCGAGACUGCCUUCAAAAUCCAGCUUCCCCAGAUGGUCAAGCCCAAGAAGAAGAAGCUGAAGCAGGCCACAUGACGUUCUCUGGGAUCAAACUCAUGUUGUAAAUAAAGUUUGUUUACUUUUU